ACGUUGAUAUUUUUCAUUCAACGAAAACCCAAUUAAUUCUCUGUUCCCAAUCCGCGAUCUCAAUUCCAAUUUCAAACCCUAGAAUCUUUUUUCCCAAUUCGUGAUGGCACCCAAGGCAGACAAGAAGCCCGCGGAGGAGAAGAAGUCGACGGUGGCCGAGAAGGCUCCCCCGGCGGAGAAGAAACCCAAGGCCGGGAAGAAGCUUCCCAAGGAGGGCGCAGCCGCUGCCGGAGACAAGAAGAAGAAGAGAAGCAAGAAGAGCGUAGAGACCUACAAGAUCUACAUCUUCAAGGUCCUGAAGCAGGUUCACCCAGACAUCGGUAUCUCCAGCAAGGCCAUGGGGAUCAUGAACAGUUUCAUCAACGACAUCUUCGAGAAGCUCGCUCAGGAAUCCUCCAGGCUUGCCCGCUACAACAAGAAGCCCACCAUCACUUCCAGGGAAAUCCAGACCGCGGUCAGGCUUGUUCUGCCCGGAGAAUUGGCCAAGCAUGCCGUGUCAGAGGGUACCAAGGCUGUGACCAAGUUCACAAGCUCUUGAACUUCUGUGGGCUCUGUUGUUUGUUGAAUUAGGUUUUAGUCCUAAUUACCUGUGUUUUUACAUUUUAAUUAGUUGUUUUUCGUUUUUUCUUUUAAAUCUGUAAUUGAUGAAAUGAAGUCUUAUGGAUCAUUUUGUGUAUGUCAAAUUGAACAAUUGAUGAUUUAAGACAGUAAAUUGUGGGUCUGGUA